GCGCGAGGGGCGGGGCGGGGCGCAGGCAGAGGGGACGAUGGGGCUCUGAGGGAGGUGCACCCCGCCGCACCGAGCUGCUCACCCACCGUCCCCGGUCGGAGCGGGAGGCGCCGCGGCCUGCGGAGCCGGCUGGGCUUGCGGCUCGGGCUCCGGGCCGGGAUCGGGAUCGGGCUCGGGGCCGCGACAGGCCCAGCUGCUGUCCCGAGAGGCGGUAAGGAGUCGUAGGGAGAAGAGAAAAUAGAAGUUAUCAAGAUGAGUAAAAAGCCUCCAAGUCGUCCAGGGAUCACGUUCGAGAUUGGUGCUCGUUUGGAAGCACUGGACUACUUACAAAAAUGGUAUCCAUCUCGCAUUGAGAAAAUAGACUAUGAAGAGGGAAAGAUGUUGGUCCAUUUUGAACGUUGGAGUCAUCGCUAUGAUGAGUGGAUUUAUUGGGACAGCAAUAGAUUACGGCCCCUGGAACGACCAGCACUAAGGAAAGAAGGGCUAAAAGAUGAUGAUGAAUUUGUUGAUUUUAAACCUGGAGAAGAGGUGCUAGCUCGUUGGACAGACUGUCGAUAUUACCCUGCUAAGAUUGAAGCAAUUAACAAGGAGGGAACCUUCACGGUACAGUUCUAUGAUGGAGUUAUUCGAUGUCUAAAAAGGAUGCAUAUCAAAUCUAUGCCCGAGGAUGCCAAAGGGCAGGCGCGCGAGAGGGAGCAGAUAGCGCCGGAGCUGAGAUUAGUGACGGAAAUCGAACCAAAAGAAGAUUGGAUAGCUUUGGUCAAAGCUGCAGCAGCAGCAGCAGCCAAGAACAAAGCAGGAAGUAAACCACGGACCAGUGCAAACAGCAAUAAAGAUAAAGAGGAGAGAAAAUGGUUUAAAGUACCUUCAAAGAAGGAAGAAACCUCAACCUCUACGAUCAUACAGGAAGUCCAGAAAAAGGAAGAGGAGCCUACAUCGAAUGAAACGUUCGUAGGAUUCCCAGUAGUAGACGUUCCAAAGAUGGCGUUUGUGCGGGCAGAGAAUACAUUAUCGCACAAGAGGAAAAGUAAUCUAGGCAACUCAUUUCAGGCAAAGAGAGCUCGUCUUAACAAAAUCACUGGUUUGUUGGCAUCCAAAGCUGUUGUUGUGGAUGGUGCUGAAAAAAAGGAAGGCAACAAAGAAACAGCUCCAGUCCUGGAGCAGGAGAUUUCACCUAAACCUCAAAGUCAGAAAAAAAAUGAAGCUGAUAUUAGCAGUUCUGCCAACACUCAGAAACCUGCACUGUUAUCCUCAACUUUGUCUUCAGGAAAGGCUCGCAGCAAGAAAUGCAAACAAGAAUCUGGAGAUUCUUCUGGGUGUAUAAAGCCCCCUAAAUCACCACUUUCCCCAGAGUUAAUACAAGUCGAGGAUUUGACACUGGUCUCUCAGCUUCCUUCUUCUGUGAUAAAUAAAACUAGUCCAUCACAGCCAGUGAAUCCCCCUAGAUCCUACAAAUAUAGCCAGAGGAGAAGAAGAUCACAGCGUUUAGCCACUUGCUCGUUGCCUGAUGAGUCUAUACAAAAAGUUCCUUCUCCCUCUCCAGUCACUGAUGGGAAAGUGUUCUCCAUCAGUGCUCAAAAUCAACAGCCAUCAAUAUCAGAGGUACCUGAUGUUGCUCAUAUGUCACUUGAGAAGCGUGGACCAUGUCUCCCUCUUGACUUAAGCCGUAGUUUGGAAGUUACAGCACCAUUAUCCACAGAAUCCACUUUCCGUAAUGAGUACCCCAGUAAAGAAAAGGAAGAUACUCAGAUGAUUACAUAUCAUUCUUCCAAAGCAGUAACUGAUGGAAGAGUAGCUACAACAGCAUCAGCACCCUCGUCCCAUGUACAUGCCUUACAUCUGGAAAUGCCUUUAACCAGUAGUCUAAAGUUACUCAAAGGGAAUAGUAAAAAAAAGAGGUCCUCCACGUCAGUCAGCUCUGAAGGGACAGAGAUACAGUUCUCUGUGCCUGUAAAGGAGAAAUGUUUUGAGAAUCUGCAGGAGAAAAUGUUAAAGAAGGUCAUUGAGAAGGACAAGCAUUCAGAAGUUGGUAUAUUGAAAACUGAAAAAAAAGUGAAAUUGGAAGAGAAAAGCUCAUCAUCAUUUGGUAAAAAGAAAGAAAAAGAUAAAGAGAAAAAAGAGAAAAAGGAAAAAGAUCAUAAAUCAAAACAGAAGAAGAAGAAGAAAAAGAAGAAGAAAGCUAAACAGCAUGAUUAUUCAGAUUAUGAAGAUAGUUCUCUUGAGUUUUUGGAAAGGUGCUCCUCUCCACUCACACGGUCUUCUGGGAGCUCUCUGACUCUGCGAAGCAUGUUUACAGAGAAGAACACAUCAUACCAGUAUCCAAGAGCCAUUCUGUCUGUCGACCUGAGUGGAGAAAACCUCUCGGAUGUGGAGUUCUUAGAUGAUUCCUCCACAGAAAGCUUAUUACUGAGUGGUGAUGAAUACAAUCAGGACUUUGAUUCAACCAAUUUUGAAGAGUCUCAGGAUGAAGAGGAUGCUCUCAAUGAAAUAGUUAGAUGCAUCUGUGAAAUGGAUGAGGAAAAUGGCUUCAUGAUUCAGUGUGAAGAAUGCCUGUGCUGGCAACAUAGUGUAUGUAUGGGAUUAUUAGAGGACAGCAUUCCAGAGCAGUACAUCUGUUACAUCUGCAGGGACCCACCAGGUCAGAGAUGGAGUGCCAAAUAUCUUUAUGAUAAGGACUGGUUAAACAAUGGGCAUAUGUGUGGAUUAUCAUUUUUAAAAGAAAACUAUUCUCACCUUAAUGCCAGAAAGAUAGUGUCAACACACCACCUGCUGGCUGAUGUGUAUAGUGUAACUGAAAUACUACAUGGACUGCAGCUGAAGAUUGGGAUACUAAAAAAUACACAUCACCCUGAUCUUCAUCUUUGGGCUUGCUCAGGCGUGCGAAAAGAGCAAGAGCAAGUGACAUUUGGGGUAGAGAAGAAAACAGUGACUUUGCCAGAUACUGUUAAUCCAUCUGAAAGGACAUGUCACAACCAAAGCCAUAAAGAACCACCUCCUAGUUUACCCCAGAAGAUGGAAGAAACGUAUAUUAUAAGCGAGCACAGUUACCAGAAACCACAGAGUUUUGGUCAGGACUGCAAAUCAGUUACUGACCUGGUGAGCUCAGAUGAUGAAGAUAUGAGUAGUUUUGAGGAAGAUCAUGAAUUUUGUUCAGAUGAUAAAAACUGUUUACAAUAUUCUUUAAAAGAAGAUGGCGUGAGUGAGCAGAAGAACACUGCUGAAGGGAAUGUGGUGUGUGCUUGUAAUGAAAAAAAAGGAUCAGAAGAACAAGUGGAUUCACAUCUUCAAUGGCAGCUAAAUCUCCUUACCCACAUAGAGAAUGUACAGAAUGAAGUCACCAGCAGAAUGGACCUUAUUGAAAAGGAAGUUGAUGUUUUAGAAAGCUGGCUUGACUUCACUGGAGAGCUGGAACCACCAGAUCCUCUUGCAAGACUGCCUCAACUCAAGCGACGUAUCAAACAGCUCUUAAUUGACAUGGGGAAAGUACAGCAAAUAGCCACACUGUGCUCUGUAUGACAAAAGGAAGAAUAAAGGAAUAAAAAUAGGCUCUCUACAGUGAAUUUUCUUAUUAGCCACAAGACUGACAGGAGGACAGCAAAAAGCUGGAUAUUUGUCUGGUUCUGGGCUGAUUACAUUUUUAGCCUGAAGCUUUGAAGAAAGGAAAGGAAAUCUAGAAUAAGGAAAUUAACACUGAAAAGCUAAAUACUCUGUAUUCAAGAUGCAAAUUAUAAUGUCACAUAUUGAGGAACAUUGAUAUGGUCUACAAUAUGAUAAAUAAGACAUGUGAAGUGACAGAAUUUCUAUUUCAGGUCAUACAAGAAGGUUCAAGAAAUCUCUGCAAUGGAAAAUGCUAUAAUUUUAUAGUCGGUAGUAGAAAGAGCCAAACUCUCAAAUGUCAGUGGGAAAAAUGUACAAUCAUAAUUAUUUUUUCUUCCAUUGCUAGUGAAAAUACAGACACAGAGAGAUCCAUAGCCUCUCUACAGUUGGUCCACCCCCAAAGUUUUAGGCAGGUAACUGAUCUUUUGCAGUCCAUGAACUAUUUCUUAUCUAAUUAGUGUUGUUCGGGGAAAAUGAAAACAUUUGCUUCACUUUUGAAAGAAACAGGAUAUGGUGGUCUCCUUAUCAAUAUUUUUUUUUUUAAAUGGAAAUCCUCAUUAUAGCACCCUUAGGCUCUUUUAAAAACUUAAGUGGCGAACAGUGGUCAGAUGUGCCAAAUAAUACUAAAACCACUGGGAUGACAGUUUGAAGAUAGUGAAGUACAUGAAGAGUUUUUUUUCAAAGUUCUACCUGGUGCCAGCAAUCCAUCCAAAAUUGUAUCUAGUUUAUAUUUUUUUACGUUCUAUUGCAGUAUUCAGGAUUCAAAGUACACUUUUGUCCUGGGUAGUUCAGCUUGGUGUUAGCCCUCUGAAUCUUUACCAACCUCAUCUGGGAUGAGGAAUGACAAAAGCAGCAAAACUGCUUGUUUGUGGCUGUGAAUUACUAAACCACUAGAUUGAAUAUCGCAAAGAUACGUUAUCUAGGAUGUUUUUAUAAAACUUUUAGCUUCAGUCAUAAGUGAGUAAAACAUCAUGAAACCAAAGGCAACCUAGUUGCUCUGUUAGCUCUUGCUGGAUUUUGAGCUCAGGACCUUCUGUUUGCCUGUGCUCAUGUAAGUUGUCACUGCACCCAGUGCUACAUAUGUAUGUGUAGGUAUAUGUGUAUAUACACACACAUGCAUAUGUACAUACUAUAUACAUAUUUAUAUCUACACAUGUCUAGUUUUAUUACUAUAGACUAUAAGAACUGGUGGUUAACAUGAAAUGUUACCUUUUAACAAGCAGUUUAUAAAAUUGAAAAUAAUGUAUGUACAGGUUUUGGAAUUUGUAAAAUAUGACUGUUAAAAGGAGGCUAUUUAAUUGAUGACAUAAGAUACUUGAACAUUUUAUGCCUCACAACUGUUUAUCAGUUCUAGUUUUCUGUAUAAAUGCAUUUUAGAACCGAUAGACAGUAAACUUGAAUUUACCUUUUGAUAAGAGUACAAGCCACUGUACAUUCAAAAAUUAUUUAAAUUUGCAAACACACUGUUCUAUAUGUAAGGUACUGUAUGUAAAACUGUUUAUUAAAACUAUUCUGCAUACUCUA